UUUGGCCAGGACCUGCUGCCAGUCUGAAGGAGGCAGGGGAAUGUACAAGUCAAAGACCCCUCAGGCCCAGAACCAGGUCAGUGCCAAGGUUACUCCCAAGGACACUGAGAUGAAAACAGCAGAAGAGCCAACCCCGAGCCUUGGGCAGACCCUGGAGUGGCUGAGAAAGGAGCUGUCUGAGAUGCAGAUUCAAGACCAGAGGCUCCUGCUCACACUGAGGCAUCUUCACAGUGUCCUGGAGGAGCUUCGUGCUGACAGUGCCCACUGGGAGGACGCCAGGUCCAGCGGAGGGACAUCCCCCAUCAGAGCUCGAGCAGGCUCUGAAGGCAGGGGCUGCCAGCCUGUUUACUCAAGGGGUCUGGCCCAGCUCCUCCGAGGGGAAGACAGCAGACGAAGCUCUCUCCCUUAACCAGACACGGAUGACUCUGGGCUUUAACCCUCUCACCCAUUAGUCUAACCUUUCACUGUGGUGUUUUAGGGGCAGAGCGUUGGAAUGGGAUUCAGGAAGCCAGGGCUAUGGGUUCACUUCUGCCCUCAUCUGCUGUGCAUCCCUGGAUCUGUCACUCAGCUUCUCUGUAUCUCUGGUUCCUUUUCUGUCACUUGGGAUUUCUUUGUGAGGCACGCAUGGGGUACUGGAUGAACACACUCUGACUGAAAACAUAAACAUGCUAUAGUGCUCUGACAAGCACCAUUGCAGUAAUCCUAUCCUUGGGAAUUUCUCACAAGGCAAUUGUUGAAACAAAAAACUAUAUGUGCAGUAAUGGUAACCAAGUGUUGCCAGGGUGAAAAUUCCAAACCCUGUGUAGUGACUUAGUGGCUGUUUUCUGUCUUCCCAGGAAGCCUUCCCAGCUCCCUUCAUCUGAUUAUAUAUUAGGCCCUGUAACCACCCUGGCCAUAGGGAUGGGUAUAUUACCAGGCCUGGCCAAUGAUGUAAUUCAUGGUUGCCCUAAAAAGAUGAUUAGCCCAAUGGGUGAGCAUGUGAACCAACAGACCCAAUCACUGAUCUUCCCUGGGUGAGCAUGUGAACCAACAGAGCCAAUCACCGAUCUUCCCUGGGUGGGCAUGUGAACCAACAGAGCCAAUCACCGAUCUUCCCUGGGUGGGCAUGUGAACCAACAGACCCAAUCACCGAUCUUCCCUGGGUGAGCAUGUGAACCAACAGACCCAAUCACCGAUCUUCCCUGGGUGAGCAUGUGAACCAACAGACCCAAUCACCGAUCUUCCCUGGGUGGGCAUGUGAACCAACAGAGCCAAUCACCGAUCUUCCCUGGGUGGGCAUGUGAACCAACAGACCCAAUCACCGAUCUUCCCUGGGUGAGCCUGUGAACCCAACAGACCCAAUCACCGAUCUUCCCUGGGUGGGCAUGUGAACCAACAGAGGCAAUCACUGACCUUCCCUGAGAUUGCUAGCUGAAUGCUCUUUUUAUUACACUUACAAGGCUGAGGCUGCUGGCGAAGAUUUUCCUACCAGGUAAAGAAGACCUGUUUGCAGUAGGAAAGGAGGCUAAUCUUCAAAGAGAAGUAGAGAGAGGGCCACACAACAGAUGGACAGAGAGGAAGAGCGCUGGCCCUUUUUAGUCCCUGGUUUUAGGCUCUAAUUUUGUGAGUUACCCCCGUCAAUUUCACACCCCCCCCACCCUGACCCAUAGCCACUUACAUCAAUUUGGUUUUGGUUAAGCUGAUUUGAGCAGAAUUUCACACAUUUGCAGCUAGAAUGGUCCUGAGGAAUCCUAUCCAGUUGUUCAAAGAAUCAAAGAGGAUAAAUCAACAAGAAGAUGGCAUUUCCUUCAAUGAGGGCUUGUGACAACAACCUCCAUAACAGCAGGCAGUGAUGCUUGUGAUACAGCAGAGACACUCAGUUGUGUGGGGUGCUACAGUCAUAACUGAAAAAUUACAUCUGCCUGUAAGAAAGACGAAAACAGAAAAGGUGAAAAUAAAAAGUCACGGUGUUAAGAUGGUCUGAUGAUUGGUAGGUGUUUUUGUUUUUGAAAAUCUACCUGUAUGUUGUUAGAACAUUGUUUUUAAGGCUUUGAAAAAGUAAAUCAAGCCAGGAGCAGGGGGCUCACACCUGUAAUCCCAGCACUUUGGAAGGCCAAGGCGAGCAAUCACCUGAGGUCAGGAGUUUGAGAGCACCCUGACCAACCUGGAGAAACCUCAUCUCUACUAAAAAUACAAAAUUAGCCAGACAUGUUGGCACAUGCCUGUAAUCAAUCUCAGCUAUUCAGGAGGCUGAGGCAGGAGAAUCCCUUGAACCUGGGAGGCAGAGGUUGCAGUAAGCCAAGAUGGUGCCAUUGCACUCUAGCCCGGAACAAGUGUGAAAACUUAGUUUCAAGAAAAGGAAAAAGAAAAAGUAAAUUGAUUGCAUGUAGAGGCAGAGUGGAGUGGGUGCAUUAUAAGGAUAAUGUUUGCCAUCAGAUCAACCUGCGGUUUUUAUAUUUGAUAAUAUAAAUGAUACCUGCUCUGUGAUGCUGGGGCCGGGUCCCUGCAAACCACAUUUUGGUGUUAUUAGCUGCUUUCUGUUCGAGUUUGGACUUUGCCAAUAUACAGGGUAGAGUUAGACUACAAUCUAAAGGAGUGAAAAGGGACUUGCUGCUGCUUCUUUUUUCCCUGUGGGCUCCCUGUUCCUAUGAGCAUCUCCCAGCAAUAUUUCUUCACUAAAGGCAGCAAUUCCUUCAUGAGGCACCAGACUUCUCCAGGAUCCAGGUUCCAGACCCCUGGGACCCCUUUCAGAAGCUCAGAGACAACAGCUCCAGAUGCCAGCCCCUCCUCCCCUGAAGUCUGCUUUACCUACCUGGCCCUUUCCUGAGCUCAGCGACACCAGCCCCAGCUGAGCUGAGUUCCUUUCUCAGAUAUCUGAAUUUAAGCUCCAGGGAAUUCCUCUUCUAAGUUUUAAAGUUUUGAUAGUUUCUACCUCUUUUCUUUGUUCCCUCAACCCUGGAGGUGGCAAAUGCUU